AUGGGUUUCUGCAAUUCUCUCAGUAUCUUACUGUUACUACACAUCAACCAGAAUCAAAGCUGGUGUUUUCCGAUUACUCUCUGUUCUUCCUGUUUGUGCUCUGUUUCUUUUCUCUUUUUCUCCUCUGUUCACUUCACUGGUUCCACUGCUUUUUCCCUCACAUGGCUCGCCAAUUUCAAGCUCAUACUCUUCUCAUUCGAGAAAGGUCCUCUUUUUCCAAUUCCCACUAGUAUCUCUCACUUCAUCUGCUUCACUUGCUUCCCCAUCAAGCUUCAACAAAACCCUAAAUCUCAAAAUCAGUUACCCAUAUGGCUUCUCGCCAUUAAAGUUGCAAUCUUUGGUUUGUUGUUAUAUCUGUAUGAUUACAAACAGUAUCUUUCUCCAAAUGUGCUGUUAGUUCUCUAUUCUCUGCAUAUAUACUUGGAGUUUGAGAUUCUCUUAGCUCCUCUGAAAUUUCUGCUAACUGUCACUCUUGGUUGCGAUCUCGAGCCGCAAUUCAACCAACCAUACUUAGCCACCUCUCUUCAAGACUUCUGGGGUCGCCGGUGGAACAUCAUGGUCUCCGCAAUCCUCCGGCCGGCUGUGUACCUCCCGGUGCGACGAAUUACAGAACGGAAAAUGAACUCGGAUCAGGCUCGGUUCUUGGGAGUUUUAACAACAUUCAUAGUCUCCGGUGCAGUUCACGAGCUGAUCUUCUUCUAUUACACCCGUGAGUCACCUACAGGAGAAGUCACUUUGUUCUUUGUGUUACAUGGAGUUUGCACCGCCGCAGAAGUAGCUGCGAAGAGGACGAGGUUAGCGCGGCGGUGGAGGAUGAGUCUGAUGGUCUCACGACUGCUCACAGUGGGGUUUAUGGUUGUGACCAGUGGUUGGCUGUUUUUCCCUCAGCUUAUAAGGAGUGGCAUGAUUGAAAGACUCUUUAACGAAGCCCUUUUAUCCAUUGAUUUUGUCAAGCACAACUUUUUUUCUUACUUUUGGGUGAUUAAGUAA